UCAGAAAUUCAAACCCUUUGUCUCCUGUAUGCCAAAAGUUUUUCGCUCAUGUAUUGACGCAGCCAUGGUUAAACAUUACAACCACACCAUUAUAAAGAAGGCUGUUCUCUCUCUAGCAAUCAUUUCCCUUCUCUCUAUCACAACCCAUGCACAAGCCAAACCUCUUAUUCUCAAUUGUGGCUCCACAAACCCUGCCAAAGAUGCCGACGGCCGCUCCUGGGAUCCCGAUGACAAAUUCCUCGCUGCCGGUACCAAAUUCGUUGUCGCUAAAGCCGACGUUCAGGAUCCUUCGUUGCCAUCGGAGGUUCCUUACAUGACAGCCCGGAUCUUCCAAUCCGAAGCCAAGUACCAAUUCCCUCUCAAAGAUUCAACAUCUCGGACUAUGCUCCGCCUCCAUUUCUACCCCUCCUCGUACCCUAAUUUCGACAUCUCCAAAUCCUACUUUGCUGUCGUUGCCGGCGGCGUCACGUUGCUGAGCAAUUUCAGCGCCUCCAUAUCAGCGGAGGCGCUCUCUCAAGCUUACUUCAUCAAAGAAUUUUUCCUCGCGCCGUCGGAUUCCCCGACGCUCGAUGUCACAUUCAAGUCGUCGGCCGAUAAGCCGCAAGCUUUCGCAUUUGUGAACGGGAUUGAGGUUUUGCCGAUUCCUGCAAUCUUCGAUUCAGAUCCUGCAUUGGCCGGCACCGUGGGGGCGGGUGUGGACGCGACGGGGGCGACGACGGUGCCGAUCAGCGAUAGCAGCAUGGAGACGAUGUUUAGAUUGAAUGUAGGCGGGCAGUAUGUUUCGCCUGUGAAUGAUUCUAACGGACUAAUGCGGAGUUGGUAUGAUGAUAGUGUUUACUUGUAUGGAGCGGGCAUAGGAGUUGCGGUGGCGGCAAAUACAAGCAUCGCUUAUAAAAGCAUGCCUUCUUACAUGGCCCCACUCGAUAUCUACUCCACUUAUAGAUCAAUGGGCGCAUACAAGGAUGUGAACAAGAAUUCAAAUCUUACAUGGAUCUUCCAAGUUGAUCCCAAUUUCAUGUACAUGUUGAGGUUCCAUUGGUGCGAUUCCGAGAUGACCAAGCCUAAUCAAAGAGUCUUCGACGUAUUCAUCAAUAAUAAAAGUGCCGAAUACGACGUCGAUGUAUUUGCUAUGACCAUGGCAACAUCCACCCCGAUCAAGAAGGACUACGUAGCUCGAGUCGCUGAAUCGACCUCGGAGCUCUGGGUGUCAUUGCGCCCUACAGACGCCACGAAAUCACAGUUUGUGGACGUUUUGCUAAACGGGCUAGAAAUUUUCAAGUUGAGCGACGUCGCGAAGAAAAACUUGGCAGGCCCCAAUCCUUCCAUCUCUGACUUGAUGAGGAAGUAUCAGGAUGGUCCUGCCUCGUUCGCCUCUGAGAAAUCCGCAGUCUCAACAGUGAUCAUCACCGGGGCAGGUGGGGCAUGCGCAGUGGGACUCGCAUUUGUCGCGUGUCUCUUCGUAUACCAGAGGAAACAAAGAGACCCUAAGGGAGAUGGCUCCACCACGUGGCUGCCUAUUUCUUGGAACUCGAGCUCCACCACAAUGAAAUCGUCCGUGUCUGGCAGGAGCCAGGGCGGGGGCGCGGGCAUCUCAUCCGACGCCGCGUGCAACUGCCGCUACUUUAGCCUAUCGGAGAUCAUGAGUGCCACCAAGAACUUCGACGAGUCCAACGUGAUAGGCGUGGGAGGCUUCGGAAAAGUGUACAAGGGUGUGGUCGACGGCUCCACAAUGGUGGCUGUCAAGCGAUCCAACCCCUCAUCUGACCAGGGCAUAAACGAGUUUCAAACAGAAAUCGAGAUGUUGUCGAGGCUGAGGCACCGACAUCUAGUCUCCUUGAUCGGAUUCUGUGAGGACAACGGAGAGAUGAUUCUUGUGUAUGACUACAUGGGGCAAGGAACACUAAGGGAGCAUCUCUACAAGGGAAAUAAAAUAGUUUUAUCAUGGAAACAACGACUAGAGAUAUGCAUCGGAGCAGCGAGAGGCCUACAUUACCUCCACACUGGAGCUAGAUACACCAUCAUCCACCGUGACGUCAAGACCACUAACAUUCUCCUCGACGACAAGUGGGUGGCCAAGAUGUCCGAUUUUGGGCUCUCCAAGACUGGCCCGGACAUGAACAAAGGCCAUGUUAGCACAGUGGUGAAAGGCAGCUUCGGAUAUUUAGACCCAGAGUAUUUCCGAAGGCAGCAACUAACGGAAAAAUCUGAUGUAUACUCAUUCGGAGUGGUUUUAUUUGAGGUUUUAUGUGCUCGGCCAGUGUUGAACCCUAGCUUGCCAAAGGAGCAAGUGAGCCUGGCUGAUUGGGCACUGCGGUGUGCGAGGAACGGCACGCUCGAGGACAUCAUCGACCCACAACUACAGGGGAAAGUGGGCCAAGAGAGUUUGAAAAAAUUCAUGGAAACCGCAGAGAAAUGCUUGGCCGAUCACGGCACGGAACGCCCCUCCAUGGGCGAUGUGUUGUGGAACUUGGAGUUCGCUCUACAGGUACAUGAAAAUCCCGAUCACAGUAGGGGCGGUUCCACUACGACAGGGAGCGUUGACUUCGAAGGACAGAUCGAUCAGAAUAGCAUCAUGGCUAUGCACAGAAGCAUUUUGAAUAUUGAGGACGAUGAUGAUGAUGAUGAAGAAGCAGCAAGGAAACCACAAAACGGAAGUGAUAAUCCCGAUGAGAUGUUCUCGCAAAUUGUCAACCCUACUGGUCGUUAAUAUUCUUUGUUUCACAUUCAUCCCAUCUUUCACUAUAUACAACACCGAAUGCUAUCGGUGAAUUUGUAAUUAUAUGUUUAAUUAGCAGUAAGCUUCUGAUCGACCUAACUUUGGGACUAUUUAUAUGUUGAUAUUUGUAUGGAGUGGAUUGUUGUUGCAAUUUUUUAUUGA